CCGAGGGGCGGAUCCGCUCUCAUCGGGGCUUCCGCGGCCCCGCGCUUUCCCGUCCAGUGGGGUUCCGGGCACUUUGCGAUAUUUCGAGCACGCCGUCGGGUACCGGGGGAGGUCGGACGCCCUCCCCCCUGGCCGGGCAGGAGCCCUCGGGGUCCCGCGGACUCCGGCGGGUCGCUCCCUUGAAGACUUCCACCUGGAGGGGGGGCGGUCGGGACCCCCUCACCCAUGCGGGAGCUCUCCCGGCCCGGCCGAUCUCGCACCCUCUCUCCCUUCCGGACUUCCGUGGGGGGGGGACCCCCUCCGGGCUCCCGCUACUACCGGGGCGGGAGAGCUCUCCCUCCCGGGCUAGGAAUCUCCCGGAGGCUGCCGGAUCGCUCCGUGUCCCGCGUGCCCUCGGAGCCUCCCGGGGGACCUCGCUCCGAUCCCGGCCGGCCCCGCGGAACUCCCCCCGGCCGCGGAGGGGCAGAUCCGCUCUCAUCGGGGCUUCCGCGGCCCGCUCCUUUCCGAUCCAGAGCUCCACGGUCCCCGUCUCCCCCAGAUCUCCUGGAGGCUGCCUGGCGGGGCCGUGUCCCGCGUGCCCUCGGAGCCUCCCGGGGGACCUCGCUCCGAUCCCGGCCGGCCCCGCGGAACUCCCCCCGGCCGCCGAGGGGCGGAUCCGCUCUCAUCGGGGCUUCCGCGGCCCCGCGCUUUCCCGUCCAGCGGGGUUCCGGGCACUUUGCGAUAUUUCGAGGACGCCGUCGGGUACCGGGGGAGGUCGGACGCCAGCCCUCCCCCGUGGCCGGGCAGGAGCCCUCGGGGUCCCGCGGACUCCGGCGGGUCACUCCCUUGAAGACUUCCACCUGGAGGGGGGCAGUCGGGACCCCCUCACCCAUGCGGGAGCUCUACCGGCCCGGCCGAUCUCGCACCCUCUCUCCCUUCCGGACUUCCGUGGGGGGGGGGACCCCCUCCGGGCUCCCGCUACUACCGGGGCGGGAGAGCUCUCCCUCCCGGGCUAGGAAUCUCCCGGAGGCUGCCGGAUCGCUCCGUGUCCCGCGUGCCCUCGGAGCCUCCCGGGGGACCUCGCUCCGAUCCCGGCCGGCCCCGCGGAACUCCCCCCGGCCGCGGAGGGGCAGAUCCGCUCUCAUCGGGGCUUCCGCGGCCCGCUCCUUUCCGAUCCAGAGCUCCACGGUCCCCGUCUCCCCCAGAUCUCCUGGAGGCUGCCUGGCGGGGCCGUGUCCCGCGUGCCCUCGGAGCCUCCCGGGGGACCUCGCUCCGAUCCCGGCCGGCCCCGCGGAACUCCCCCCGGCCGCCGAGGGGCAGAUCCGCUCUCAUCGGGGCUUCCGCGGCCCGCUCCUUUCCGGUCCAGAGCUCCACGGUCCCCGUCUCCCCCAGAUCUCCUGGAGGCUGCCUGGCGGGGCCGUGUCCCGCGUGCCCUCGGAGCCUCCCGGGGGACCUCGCUCCGAUCCCGGCCGGCCCCGCGGAACUCCCCCCGGCCGCCGAGGGGCGGAUCCGCUCUCAUCGGGGCUUCCGCGGCCCGCUCCUUUCCGAUCCAGAGCUCCACGGUCCCCGUCUCCCCCAGAUCUCCUGGAGGCUGCCUGGCGGGGCCGUGUCCCGCGUGCCCUCGGAGCCUCCCGGGGGACCUCGCUCCGAUCCGGGCCGGCCCCGCGGAACUCCCCCCGGCCGCCGAGGGGCAGAUCCGCUCUCAUCGGGGCUUCCGCGGCCCCGCGCUUUCCCGUCCAGCGGGGUUCCGGGCACUUUGCGAUAUUUCGAGGACGCCGUCGGGUACCGGGGGAGGUCGGACGCCCUCCCCCGUGGCCGGGCAGGAGCCCUCGGGGUCCCGCGGACUCCGGCGGGUCGCUCCCUUGAAGACUUCCACCUGGAGGGGGGCGGUCGGGACCCCCUCACCCAUGCGGGAGCUCUACCGGCCCGGCCGAUCUCGCACCCUCUCUCCCUUCCGGACUUCCGUGGGGGGGGGACCCCCUCCGGGCUCCCGCUACUACCGGGGCGGGAGAGCUCUCCCUCCCGGGCUAGGAAUCUCCCGGAGGCUGCCGGAUCGCUCCGUGUCCCGCGUGCCCUCGGAGCCUCCCGGGGGACCUCGCUCCGAUCCCGGCCGGCCCCGCGGAACUCCCCCCCGGCCGCGGAGGGGCAGAUCCGCUCUCAUCGGGGCUUCCGCGGCCCGCUCCUUUCCGAUCCAGAGCUCCACGGUCCCCGUCUCCCCCAGAUCUCCUGGAGGCUGCCUGGCAGGGCCGUGUCCCGCGUGCCCUCGGAGC